AUGAUGUGGCGAGCGUCGGUGCCGCGGGGGCCGGGAGCGAGGGCGUCCAAGCCUCUCGGGCGUGUUCACCUGGACCUGUGUGGACCGCUGGUGCCUUCCCUGGGCGGCAACCUCUACCUGUUCGUCGCCGUGGACAGCGCCUCGCGGUGGAACAAAGUCUACGGUCUCCGGCGGAAGUCCGACGCGCUGGCGGCAACGGAAAGGCUGCUGGCGGACGUGGGGCGGCAGCAGCUGGCGGCCAAAAUCGCAACGGAAAGGCUGCUGGCGGACGUGGGGCGGUACGACCUCGGACGCAUUGAGUGUUUCCGCGUCGACAACGGCACCGAGUGGACCUGCGGUGACUUCCGGCGCUUCUGCGACGACAACGGUAUCGGCGUCGAGUUCACACCUCCUGGCGUUCCGCACGCUGGCCGUGUGUUCAACGUUGACUUCGCCUCCAUCCCCGGCCUGGAUGAGCGCGGUGACCGUCUUUGGAUGGAAUCGGCGAAGUGGGCCGCCGACGCUCUCAACCAGUCGGCGACCAAGGCCAACCCCGGGCGGCGCUCGCCGCACGAGAUGUUCACCGGCGAGCAGGGGCCGUUCCGCGUGCUGCCGUUCUUCCAGCCCGGCUUCAUGCGUGAGGAUCGCCGCACCAAGGUCGACGACCAGGCCACCCUCUGCUACUACCUGAACGGCGGCGACAACCACCCGAGCGGCAGCGUCAAGAACCCCGCGAUGCCCCCGCUUCCCGCUCACGCCAUGCGGCAGCUUCGCCCGGGUACAAAGGCCGAGAGUAUGACAGACCCGUGGCUGCCAAGCCGUACGAGACCGGGCACAAGGCACAGCACAGGACUCAUCUCGAUGCUAGACAAGAAUGCUCUAGUGUCGAUGCUGGAGGUUCGGAGCGCGGGGGACGAGGAGCGCAGGGAGCUGGGGGGGGCGGAGGCCGGAGAGCCGGGGGGAACGGGGACCGGAGAGCAGGCGGGAGCACUCGCAGCAGUGGACCCGGGGGCUGCAGGAGCGGGCUUCCCACUCGCAUUUGCCACGCUCCUCGCCAACCGGGAAGACAUCGACGCCACGCUGCGAGACCAGCGCCCGCCGGAGCAACGCCCUGACCUUCCGCAUUGCCAGGCCAGCGACCUUCGUGUCCCCAAGAGCUACAAAGAGGCCAUGGCGUCGGAGCACCGGCACCUUUGGAGCGACUCUAUGCAAAGGGAGUUUUAUGGCUUGUUGGAAGCGGGGACUUUUACUCCGGCGAAGGAGAGAUGUGACAAGUUUCGUGCCGACCUUAACAAGUCCGUGCCAGUGAAGAACCUGGGAGAGUUGAGAUGGCCAGACAUUGCGAAUGCAGUAAGGGCAGUAGCUAGGUAUUGCGCAUCUCCGAAGCUGGUACACUGGACUGCAGCGAUGGACAUCUUAGGCUAUGCGAGGAGGACGAGUCACUUUGGUAUUUCGUUUCAGAGAGGUACGGUAGAGGGAUUCAGCUUGCAGGGAUACGCUGAUGCGGACUUUGCAAGCAAGGCAGCAGACCGUAGGUCGGUAUCAGGGGGGAUCGUGACGUGUGGAGGAGGCGCUGUGUCUUGGUUUUCCAGAACGCAAAAAUGCGUCACGCUUUCGACGACAGAAGCAGAGUACGUCGCGCUAGGCGACGUAGUGAAGGAGAUUUUGUUUUUGAGGCAGAUUUGGCGUUUCAUGUUGCCGCAGGUCGGCAUGCCGUGCAUCCCCGUCUUCGAGGACAACCAGGGGGCGAUUCAACUAGCGCAGAACCCCAUCUCAAACUCGAACUCGAAGCACAUAGAUGUAAGGCACCAUUUUCUCUGGGAAUUGGCAGAGAGGAAGGAAAUUUCGGUCAUCCACGUGCCGUCGCCGUACCAGCGUGCAGACUUUCUUACGAAGAGUUUGUCGAAGGAUGCUUUCGAGUCUCACCGUGAUUUUGUGAUGAACUUGGCAUGA